GCUUGAACUAUAAGUUGUAAGUUAGAAACACACUGUUCCUGAACAGUGGAAGGAGGUUGAGAGGUCCUCUGUUUGAAAGGCUGUGCUGCUCUCAUUUGAUCGGCAGGCUCCGAAGGCCACCGAGGCGGCGGCUCUUUUCCAGCUUUUAGGGCAUCGGAGGGGCGAAUGUGAAGUUGCGGAAAAGGAAAGAAAAUGGGAGUGUUGGAGUUGCGAGCAAACGGAGGCGUUGCACCUGAAAUUGCAGGAACCAGCACGCAGGAACAGGGCAUGGAGGCUCCCAAGGCUUUUGCCUGGGGCGUUGGUGAGGACGGGCAACUAGGGCAGGGCACCCUCGAGGACGAGCACUGGCCCACUCCCGUCAGCCCACUGGAUGGCUUGGAGCUGGAGCAACUAGUAGCGGGCAGCCGCAACUCCCUGGCAAUCACAAAGCAGGGGCGAGUGUACACUUGGGGCUGGAACCAACGGGGCACAUUAGGGUUUGCUGGAGAGAACAAGGCGGAGAGUGAACCGCAGGAGCUGACAGGGCUGGCGGGGAAGAAGAUUGUGCAGGCCACAAUUGGGGGCUGGCACUGCCUUGCCGUGGAUGACACUGGCCAAGCUUACUGCUGGGGUGGGAACGAGUACGGUCAAUGCGGGCUCCCCGUUGAGAAGCUGUAUGUUGGGAGCCGGUUUGUGAAGAAGGACAUUGCGCCCCCCCGGCCGUGCGCCGCAGGGCUCAAAGUGAGGACGGUGUCAGCGGGAGGAAUGCAUUCGCUGAUACUGACCAUGGAGGGGGAGGUCUGGACGUGGGGGCAGCCACUGGUGGCGACGGGCUAUUUUGAUGUUUGGAAGCCCCACAAAGUGAUCGGCGUACCGCACGCCGUCUCGGCUGUCGCGGGCGCUUUCCACAACCUGGCGCUGACGUCAGCGGGCGAGGUGCUGGCCUGGGGAAAUGGCGGGUACGGCCAACUGGGCCAGGGGGACACGCACAACCGGCCAAACCCGUCGGUGGUGCAAGGGUUGAAGGGGCUGCGGAUCUGCCAGUUGGCAGCGGGGGGGUGGCACUCAGCCGCGUUGACGGAGGAUGGACAGCUGUACAUGUGGGGCCGGGGCGAGCACGGGCGGUUAGGCCUGGGCACAGACAACAAGGACAAGCUGCAGCCGAUGCGCGUGGAGCCGCUGGCUGGGGAGCACGUCAGACACGUCUCCUGCGGAGGGUCCCAUUCGGCAGCACUCACUAAGGAUGGCCGCCUCUAUGUGAUGGGACGUGGGGAGUUCGGUCGUCUCGGUCACGGCAGCACCAAGACCAGCAACCGGCCGGUUCUCGUCACCGUCGGGCCAGGGCCCAGAAGUGCGGACAACAGCCCUGACGCACGACGAGUCAGCUUCAGCCGCGUUGCAUUUGAUGGCACGAACAGCGACUCCGAAAGUGAGACGCCGCGGCGGCCUGACGACGAGGCGGCGGUACGGCCCUCUGUGAAUGGGGAGAGUGUGAACAGGGACGGCAGCUGGGGCGUCGUGGGGGUGACAUGUGGCGGGCGGCACACGCUUGCGCUGGCGCAGCCGGGGUGGCCUAAGAGCAUGUUUGAGGGGCCGCUGCAGGGGGCUCAGAAGGCGGGGGAAGCGUGGGCCGUUGAGGAAGGGAAAGAGGGGGAGGAGGGGAAAGGGCCUGCGGAGAGUAGGGGAGAAGGUGCAGAAGCUGACGGGGAGGGGGAGCCUGCCGGACUUGCGCCGGAUACCGAAAGCGUUGCUGUGGACAGUGACGCACCGCUAACGGGUGACGGGGUACACAGUGCUCCGCAGGAGAGGCACGUGGACCAGAAGACACCGGGGAGCGCCCCGCUGUUGCAGGAGGCCGAUGGGCGGGGCACGCAUACCAGUCAGCCGGUGAAUGUUCCCGGGCGGACGGCGCACCCCGCGAGCGCCAGCAACGAGAUCACGCAGAGCGCCCCCGAGGGCUCCGGGGGGAUCCCCCGGGAGGACGAGGCCGCAGGGCCGAAGCCUGAGACGUGUGCGCCGGCGUCGACUGUGCGGACCCAGACCCCGCACAGGGAGCACCGCCAGUCCCCGAUGCGCGGGGCCGGCGGCGCGGCGCACCACGGACACCGGACAUCGUUCCUGAGCGACGACGAGGACGGCGACCACGACGUGGAUGACGUCAGCAGCUUGGGGUCGCAGCCGGGGGACCGCUCGAGCCCGCUGAGCAUUUUGGAGACGCACGACGUGCCGGGGUGCUUGGAGGCGUGGGUGUGCAACCGGCAGCGGGGCCAGUGGCCCGAGGAGGUGGGGAUCAAGGGGAAGCAGCUCAAGGAGGACCUGAAGCUGGCGGGGAUUAUCCCGGAGGACGUCAGCGAUGCGGGCUGAGUGAAUGCUGCGUGUAGAGAGGAUCCACGGCCGUGAGAAUGGAAAAUGCGGGCGUUACGUCGGAUGUUGCCUCUUGCUGGGGCGGUUGGCUGCAAAGACAGUCAAGUUAGGAUCUGGUGCGAGUUGACCAGAGCCAGCAGCUUUUGGCCGUUGAGAGUUGUUUGCUCCUGUUCAUUGUAGCGAAGACGGUGUUCAUAUCAAGUUCGAAGAAGGUGCGCGGAAAAGACGACCUGAGACGUGCGCAGAAGGAGAAGUGCUGAUAAACGCAGGGAUUACAACGCCCGGAAGUUGCCAUUGUCGAGGCAGAGAAGCAAGUUUCAAUUACAGUAAUUUUGUCGGAGUGAGACCUCGCACUUGUAGAAACUAACCUUGGAGGGAGCUUGGGAUGUUUCAGGCAAAGGGAAGGUGGACUGUGGAAGUACAUAAGGGAACUUUGACAAGUCUUAACUUUAGGAAAAAUGGUGUCAAGCAGGCCGACUCUGAACAAGUUGUUAGUCACCAGUCCGAUCGCAAAGUCCCUCCAUUCGGAGGUGAGUUCUGGGUGUCUUGUUCAUCUGUGGCGGGCCCUUUUCUUACAUAAGUUCCGUACAAAGUCUGGUUCUGCCCGUGUAAACAGUCGAGCGCUAGCACAGGAUUGAUAAUGAACACUGACCACUGUACACUCCCCGCCCGUCUCUGAGACUGAGCUCACCUGUAGCCGUUUGUGAUACAAGCAGAAACAGGUUUUGUUUCGAUCGGGGUUCAAGAUAAUCUUGGGCCUGACCCAAUCUUUGAAUCAUGUGGCCUAGGAUCGGAAAUACAUGUAAGAACCAGCUGGCCAAGACCGUCGGUCAGCUACAUUGAUCGCGGAAG